UUGCUGUGAAGGAAUCCGAAGUGGGAGAAAGCAUACACAACCAGAGGGGAAGAGCGGACAGGCGAGACCGGAGCCGAUCAGGACGGACGCGCGGCUCCCCAAGCCGUUCGGCCAAACCCGGAGCAAGAUGUCCUUAAAGCUGCCCAGGAACUGGGAUUUCAACCUGAAGGUGGAGGCUGCAAAAAUAGCGCGGUCCAGGAGUGUGAUGACUGGCGAGCAGAUGGCGGCCUGUCAGCUGUCGUCCGCCCCCAACCCGCUGGAGAGGCCCAUCAAGAUGGGCUGGCUGAAGAAGCAGAGGUCCAUCGUGAAGAACUGGCAGCAGCGGUACUUCGUGCUGAGGGCGCAGCAGCUCUACUACUACAAGGACGAAGAGGACAUGAAGCCCCAGGGCUCCAUGUAUCUGCCAGGAAGCACAGUCAAGGAGAUCGCCACACACCCUGAAGAAGCUGGGAAGUUUAUCUUCGAAGUCAUUCCAGCCUCGUGGGACCAGAACCGCACAGGACAGGAUUCCUAUGUGCUCAUGGCCAGUUCCCAGGCGGAGAUGGAGGAGUGGGUUAAGUUCCUCAGGAGAGUCGCUGGCACACCCUCUGGAGCGGUGUUUGGCCAGCGCUUGGAUGAGACUGUGGCCUAUGAGCAGAAGUUCGGGCCCCACCCGGUGCCCAUCCUGGUGGAGAAGUGUGCAGAGUUCAUCCUGGAGCAUGGCGUCAAUGAAGAGGGCAUCUUCCGGCUGCCUGGCCAGGACAACCUGGUGAAGCAGCUCCGAGACACUUUUGACGCCGGGGAGCGGCCGUCCUUCGACAGUGAGACAGACGUGCACACCGUGGCCUCCCUGCUGAAGCUCUACCUCCGAGACCUGCCAGAGCCUGUGGUUCCCUGGAGCCAGUACGAGGGCUUCCUGCUCUGUGGGCAGCUCAUGAAUGCGGAUGAGGUCAAGGCUCAGCAGGAGUUGAUGAAGCAGCUCUCCAUCCUUCCUCGCGACAACUAUAGUCUCCUGAGCUACCUCUGCAGGUUCCUGCAUGAAAUCCAGUUGAACUGUGCUGUUAACAAGAUGAGCGUGGACAACUUGGCCACUGUGAUCGGUGUGAAUCUCAUCAGGUCUAAAGUGGAAGACCCUGCGGUGAUCAUGAGAGGCACUCCUCAGAUCCAAAGAGUGAUGACGAUGAUGAUCAGAGACCACGAAGUCUUGUUCCCCAAGUCUAAGGAUGUACCCUUGUCACCUCCUGCCCAGAAAAACGACCCCAAGAAGCCUCCUGUGCCUCGCAGCUCUGUGGGCUGGGAUGCCAGUGAAGACCCCCCAGUGUCCAGGAGGGACAGCUUCAGUAACGUGACAAGCGACUCUGAGGCCAGCAGCCCCUUCGGAAAGCAGCCUAGUGAUGGACUUCCAGAGGACAGCAGCAGAGCACCCAGGGACAAGCCAGGAGACUGGAAGCUGCAAUCACGUAAAAGGACUCAGACGCUCCCUAACCGAAAAUGUUUCUUGACAUCAGCUUUCCAAGGCGCCAACGGUGGCAAAGUGGAGAUCUUUAAGAAUGAAUUCUGGGUGCCUUCCGCAGAAGCCAAGGCAGGGGAGGGGCACAGGAGAACCAUGUCUCAAGACAUACGGCACCUUCCCGACUCCCAGCGGACUUCCACCUAUGACAACGUCCCGGCCCCACCAAGGUCCUCUCGCCAGGAGGUGGGCGCCCUCUCUCCCCCUGCCUGGGACUCCAAGAGAGAUCCUCUUGCCGGCCCACACUCUGAAACAGGGCCUGGAAAAAAGAACUCUGAAGAAGAGGAAUUUCAGUCCCUGCAGAGGGUGGUCCAGGAGCUGCGAGAGAAGAUCGAAUCCCAGAAGCAAAUGUACGAGGAGCAGAUUAAAAAUCUGGAGAAGGAAAAUUACGAUGUCUGGGCCAAGGUGGUGAGGCUCAACGAAGAGCUGGAGCAGGAAAAGAAGAAAUUCUCAGCCUUGGAAAUCAGGCUCCGCAACGUGGAGCGCUCCCGGGAGGACGUGGAGCGGAGGAACAAAGUCUUGGAAGAGGAAGUCAAGGAAUUUGUCAAAUCCAUGAAGGAGCCCAAACCGGAUGCCUGAGCAUCCCGGAAGUGCCACGGGGACAUCUUGAGAGAGGCGGUUACUCCCGAAGAGGGAGAGGACAUUUGGGGAGAAGGCACUGCAUUUCCCAGCACAUAAAUCAGUGGAGCUUGCAGGAGGAGAGUGAGCUGCAACGUGUGUGCACAUCUGUGGCCAGCUGUUGCAGCACUCAAAGCGACUGUGUUAUUCACAGCGGCCUCAGGAUGUGUGGCCUGGAACUUUCCUUUGCUGAAUGACCAUGUCCAACAGAGAUAUGUGAGACAGGCUGGUAAGCCAGAGGCAGGACUCAAACAUUUCAUUUUGCGUUUUCCGUGUGGAUGGCCUCAGGGCGUCUUGGCCACAUGGGCAGGAAACGAUAUUCAUCGUCCAUGUGCUGACUCCUGGAGGGCUGUGUUUGGGGGAAGCUGCACCUGCUGAAAUCAGAACCUCAUUCUGCCACCCUUACCAUGAUGCACAUUGCUCAAGGGUUCUCAGACUUAUUAUUAAACUAAGACAAAACAAGCAAUAAACUGUAUUUAUAAAAGCAAAACCAAAUGGGAAAAUUGCAUUCAA